AGACCAAUUAGCCCUUGUCAUAAAAUACUACUUUUUGUGUCAUAAAAGUGUAAUUUAAUUGAACAGUUAUUAUUUAGAAAUAAAAAUAGGUAUUAAUUGUUGGUGAAAAAUAAGUUAUAUAUUAUAUAUAUGUAUAUCUAUAGACAUUAGCAACCACCUGAUUCGUUUUGUUAUGUAGAUAAUUUUCGUAAACCAAAAUGGAACAUUUGGCUCAAGAUUUAUCCAUAGCUCUAGAAGAAUCAGAAAGUUGUGGCUCUCUUAAUAUCAUUAAUGUAGGAAAAUGGGGCAUGAGACGAAGAACCCGCUCUGCAGGAAAUUUACAUCUGUAUACAAACAAACCUGGAGACAACAAUUCUGAUGCAAGUUCAAGUAGUAACUCCGAAAUUCGUAUCGACAAACAUCGAAACAAACUGGUUAGCUUCCAUCAGUCUGAUUCGGAUGAUAUGUCGUUUAGCAUAACAGUAGCAAAAACAUUAAAUCAAAGAACAUCCCUUAGAAUGAGGCAUCCCAUGUAUAAUUUCUUAAAAGGUGUUAGUCACUGUCUGGAAAGUGACUCAGUAAACGAACAUUCACCCGCACGUCCGAAUAUUAGAAGAAAAAGGAAAUUUAAGAGGAUGAGUGUUGACGAAACACCAAUGCCACCUUGCGGUAAAAGAAAAAGGCCUCAAAGAAUGGAAAUUGCUGAUAAUGGGAAAUCUUCAAGAUACAGUAUAAAAAUUAAGCCAUUACACCAAAGCCUGGUAGACAAAAUUGAAAAGUUUUGUCAUCCAUCCACUGGUGCUUGUAACUCCAUGGAAACUCAGGGUUUUGAUGAAAAUUGCGAAAUAGCAAGUGAAAGUAGCAUAAGCUGGAGUGGAGGUGAAGGCCAUGAAGGAGAUGACGAGCUUACUGAUUGGGGUCCAUCAAUGGAUAGUUCCUCUACUAUGGAUCAAUCAUUUAAUGACUCCGAUCCCAGAGAAAUUAGAGCAGGUUGUCGAAGGUUGGGUGAAGAACGACCUGGUUUCAGUAUAAAUACAAGUGCCAACGAAAGAGUAGCCAAAUUUUUACAAGAUACAUCAAAGUCUGAAUUGAGAUUAUACGGAGCAGAACGUGAUAAAUUAGGUCAGUUGGCGACGUUGUAUUCAUUGGAUCUGUGGUUUGAAAGUCCAAGUGCGUCCUUGCUUCGAAAGACCACUAGAACUCCUUCAAUGCAACCUACACAGCGACAUCAUUCGGCUUUGACAGCAGUACACAAGAAAAUUCGUACUCACAGCCAUCAUAUGAUCUCAUAAUUUCUCAACGUGAUACUUGAAGAAAUGAACUUUUUUUGUUUUGAUAAUUUUUAUUUUUAGAUAGUUGUGUAAGUUACGAGGUCGAAAGUUUUGUAUUUUGUUUGUAUCUAUCCUUUAGCUACUUUAGAAUAUAGAAACACUCACAUUA